AUGAAUCGUGAUCCGGUUGUUUCAAAAGCUGAAGUAUCAGCUGUGGUCAUUGGUAAAGUGCUUGAUCGACUAAUCGAGCAAUUAUCGUAUAAAACAAUGAUUUUCCUGGGUGCUGGAUUCACCAUACUCAUAGCAAUCGUCAUAUACUUCCGAACACGUAAUCAUCAAUCACAACCACAAGCAGUAGUAGUCUCACCCCCAACGCCUCAUCAUCUAUACUCAAUGACUGGCACGCCAUUAUCCAUAACACCGAUGAAUUCACAAACAGCGGCAACUGAUUUGCAGUGCAUGAUGCCAUCAUCACCAGUCGGUCAAUUACAGCAUUACAGUAGUUCCAACGCUACGAUGUUUAAUACACCGUCGACUCCUCCACAGCGACUGCCCCCAAACAUACAGUAUAGUAUCAAGUAUCAACAAACUAAUUAA